AUGAGCUUUUUCGCGCGCGUCACCUCACGUCCACCAAAGCAAGGCACUACCAAUGCGAUCAUCAUGGGACGGAAAACCUACGACUCUGUCCCGAAACACCUCCGCCCAUUGGGUAAACGAAUUAGUGUGGUGGUUACGCGUGAUCAGACGGGUUCGGUGCGUGAGGGUGUGUUGCAGGAACUUGCGGCUAGGAAGGUGAAGAUGGCUGCUACGGCUAAAGCUAAGGCUGAGGCUGCGGCGGAGGCGGGGCAAGCUACAGCUCCAGCUCCAGGUCCAGGUCAAUCCUCCGCAGAGGAACCCACUACCGAUGCGAUUGUUACGCCUAGUCUGGACGCUGCGUUGGAUCAGCUGGAUACCGUUUACGGGGCGGAGGGACGCCUGGGUAAAGUUUUUGUUAUUGGUGGUGCGGAGAUCUAUGGUGCUUCGUUGCGGGGCGGGUCUGAGGCUUUGAUGAAGAGGCCUGUGCGGAUUGUUAUGACGCAUGUGGUGCGGAAGCCGGUGACUGAGAGUGGCGAGGAAGGGAUUGAGGAACCGUUUGAGUGUGAUACGUUCUUCCCGGUGGAAAAGUUUACAGCGGAGAAUGGGUGGCGCAGUGUUAGUGAGGAAGAGGUGACAGAAUGGGUUGGGGAAGAUGUUACUGGGGAGUGGAAACGGGAAGGAGAUGUUGAGGUUCAGAUGGUUGGGUAUGAGCGGUUGGAUUAG